AUGUUGGUGAUUAAAAGAGUGCCUAUUCAAAGGCUUGCCUAUCACGGGACUAGAUGCUUCACAAGGGCAUCUUUGUUAUUGAAUAGAUUGAGCAAUCUUUCGUCUCUGGGAGGAGACAAAACCAUUGAGCACAAUAUCAAAUCGGAGACGAAUAAACUUUCAAAAACAGGCAAUAGAUUCUGGGAUAAGGGCCACGUGUUUCAUAACAAAAACACUGGUCGAUAUGAAGUUCAACUAGAUGGAAAGACCUUGCGCACACCAUUGGGUCUCCCGUUGACUUUGCCAGAAAAUAAAAAGCAAUUGGCGUACUUGAUUGCACAUGAAUGGACACAUUUACCCAAGAUAUCUUUGAAAUCUAGUGCGUUACCCUUGACAGGUUUGGCAGCCAGAGCAAUCGAUUUGGGAUCCAAGAGCAAUGAAAAGGGAAUUGAAGAUGAGGGUGGUGAUGGAAUGCUCCCCCUUGAGGAUUUGAAGCUAAGCAUGUUGAAAUACCUCGACACAGACACUUGUCUCAUAUUUGCAGGAGCAAAAGAUUGCGACGGAAAAUUGAGGAAAAAGCAGGAGGAGCUUUACCGUCCGUUGAUUGAGGAGUACAAUGACUUUUUCACCCAAUACGGUGUCAACAAAAACUUGCUCAAGGAAAAUGAACGAAUUGAGUUGAAGUUUUUGGAUUGUGAAAAGGAUGGUUUGAGAGGUAACAAGCAAAGUUUGAAAACUCAACAAGUGGUGAUAGAUUGGUUAGAUCAGUUGGACAUUUUCGAAUUUGUUGCUUUAGAGAAAUCCAUUCUCACAACAAAAUCUUUCUUAUGUGCAGUGUCUAUUUUAAGGUCAAAUGUUUCUGACGAGUCAAGAAUGAAGGAUGUGUUUCAAUUGAAUAGGGAUUCCAAUGACUUAUUCUGGUACAAAACGGUUGAAGAGAUUAUUGAGUUGGGAAAUUUGGAAACUAUCUUACAGACUGGAGAAUGGGGAGAAGUAGAGGACACGCACGACGUUGAGCAACGUGACUGGUUAAGAAGUUUGACAAGUGCUGCACUUCUAAGUCACUGA